AUGCCCAAUCCUAUCGUCAUUGCUCAUCGUGGUCCAGAACAACGCACGCGGCCCGUUACGUACCGUGGGCCAAUUUUUUUCCCCAAGGACUUCGCGAAAACGCGUUUCGACUCCAGUUGUCUCCAGGCGUUCUUCAAGAGCUUCUGGACUCUCAAGAUUGGAAGGCCUGAAAUGUCUUCUUUGGUGGGCCUGAGGAUACAUUGCUCAAAACUUCCAACACGAAGAUUCAAUGCUCUAAUCAACGUGUCAUUCCACCAACCUAGCAGAACCAGGAGCUUCUCUCAUCUGCUUUACCCCCAUAACACACGCCCUCGGAAUCUACCAUAUCUUAGUGCAGCUACAAUCCCAUCCAGGUCGUUCUCACUUUGGCCUUUUUCGAAAUCUCUUCCUUCUACAUCCUUACCAGGUUCUGGUGCGCCCCCACCGACAUUAGCACAAUCAUCUCCAGAAGCAAUCUUAGAGACAGAACCAGCAGAAGCUGCUGUCUCAGCAAUAUCUGGAUCUUCCAAUAUACCAACACACAAAGAAGCCAUAUUGUCUGAGCCUGUAUCGUCGGAACUUUCAAACUCUCUUCCUGAGGGUGUAGAUCUCGCUCCUCCAGUGGAACUACUAUCUCCAGAUGUCGUUGACGCUACUAUCAACGUCGCUAAUGCCUCCAACUCCCUUGUUCCCCCUGCACUACAAUUGGGUGACCUUGCCUCCCUCGACCUCAUUUCGUACACUCCCGCUGGCCUCAUUCGUUGGUCCUUCGAGCUAAUAAAUGUAGGCACUGGUUUAUCGUGGUUCUGGACCAUCAUACUCGGAACACUCUUCUGGCGUCUGGCGCUCUUCCCAGUGGUUGUGAAAACCCUUCAAUUUUCAUCUCGAAUGCACCUCAUCCAACCUCAAACACAAGCUAUCGUGCAACAAACUCUGCAAGCUCGACAAAAAGGGGACAUGCUAGCGAUGCAAAAGCUGCAGAAGGAUCAGGUGGCGCUGUAUAAGAGCGUUGGGUUGUCGCCGUUGCAAGGAUUGGUGGGACCGGUCUUUCAGCUACCAGUUGCGCUGGGGAUGUUUAUAGGCUUGAAGAAGAUGUGCGAGCUUCCUGUUCCACAGCUGACCGUCAGUGGCAUGGAUUGGCUUCCUGAUUUAACUGCGGUGGAUCCGACUGGUAUCAUGGCUCCUGCGUUUGCGGUAACGUUGUUCUGGCAGAUGACAGUCAGCGCUCGUGAUAUGAAUGUUCAAGCUCAACCAGGAAUGGCCCAUGUUAUGAACCUGAUGCGAUUUCCUGGGGCCCCGCUCUUUUCAUUUUUCAUGACCACUUUACCUUCGGGCCUCGUCUUAUCAAUAAUAGUUGCAGCCAUCGCUACCGGUGUACAAUCCCUCGUUUUCCGUAUUCCCGCUGUACGAAGUUUCUUGGGUAUCCUUCCACCUCCACAGGUAGAGGGACGCCAAGGGCUCCCGUCCUUCAAGGAAACAUUCGCGUACGUGAUAAAUUGGUGGAAGAACAAAUGGACGGAGGCCAAGAAUGAUGCCCGAAACCGAGCGGAGCAACAAAGAUUGAAGGGUGGCCCCCCGAGGAGGAGAUUAUGA